UCUCUUCCAUCCUUGGACUUGGGCCUUCUUUUGGGCUUUCUUCUUCCUUCCUUGGACUGCAAGAAGACUUCAUUGUCUUUUUCUGUCUUUUUUUGUUAUUUCCAUGAUUUAGCCUUCUUUUCUUGAUUUAUGCUCUCAUGUCCUUUAUAAUCACAAAGCAUGUUAGAAAUGACAUUAUUAUGAGAAUAUCAUAGCUAAAUAGGGUAGAAAACACAUUAUAAACAUAGCAGUCUGUGCUCAUAUCAACAAUCAAUCAAACUUAUCCUGCUCUUCUCUGUCUAAACUCAUCAUCACAGUCAAUCAAACUUUUUUAGAUCCACCUGGAUUUGGAAUCCAUCCAAAAUCAAUAAUUUGCAGAGCCAAAAAGAUAAGAGCUAUAAGAGAUAAGCUCAAGUUCUUAUCGGCUAACCCCACUACGGUUUACGAAAAACUCGGACCUCACCAACUUCACGGUUUUGCUGCUACCACUUUUCAUGAUCUGACCUCAAUCUUACUUUUGUCCUUGUUAGAUUCGAUGAAGUGUGGCAGCAGCUCUCCGUCAACGGGAUGGAAGGCGGUGAUAUCAAGGAGGGAGAGGCAGGCGACGACUACGGGCUUGAAGCCAACGAAGGUGGUGCGCAGCGUUGCUGAGAGAGAUGGACGAGGUUGAGGCGAGGAGAAGAAAACGAAGAGAUUUCAGUUGGGCUUACACAAACCCGUGAAAUUUAGGGGGUUUAUGUAAGAAGGUGGAGAGAGAUACGGGGACUAAACAACUUCAUUAAAAUGAAUCGUGUUUUACCCAAACACAGGACACGGCUUAUUUGCUUACAUAAGCUAGUCUAGUCCCUGUAAACCCGUGUAAUAAAUGAUCUUAUAGUUUUUCCCUGCUGUUAAAAAUAUUAUAAAUAUUUGACAGCUGCAAGAAAACUGCUUAGCAAUUAGCACCAUUGUUUUCGUAUCUUGGCCUCUUGAAACUCUUCCUAGAUUCCAGCACACCUCAGUCUCUAUCAUUUCCCAUUUCAAAAAUAUUCCUCAACAAAUUAAAACUCAAAAUCUUAGGGUGUUUUUCCAAUUUUCUUUUCUUUUCCGAAAUUAUAAGACCAACAUAUUCCAAAACUCUCGUAAAUCCUCUCAAAAGAUCAAACCGAGAAACAACACUGUCCUUUGCUGUCACACAUGGCCGGGUACAGAGCCGACGACGAGUACGAUUACCUCUUCAAGCUGGUCCUCAUCGGCGACUCCGGCGUCGGCAAAUCCAACCUGCUCUCCAGGUUCACCAGGAACGAGUUCAAUUUGGAGUCCAAGUCUACUAUUGGGGUUGAGUUUGCCACCAAGACUUUGAGCGUUGAUGGCAAAGUCGUCAAGGCUCAGAUUUGGGACACUGCUGGCCAGGAGAGGUACCGUGCCAUUACAAGUGCCUACUACCGUGGAGCUGUUGGUGCGUUGCUAGUGUAUGAUGUCACUCGGCGUGCGACAUUUGAGAAUGUAGCAAGGUGGUUGAAGGAGCUGAGGGAUCACACGGACCCCAACAUUGUUGUCAUGCUCAUUGGCAACAAAUCCGAUCUUCGUCACCUGGUGGCAGUCUCUAAAGAGGAUGGCAAAUCUUUUGCUGAAAGAGAGUCCCUCUACUUCAUGGAAACUUCAGCAUUGGAAGCAACCAAUGUGGAAAAUGCAUUUACCGAGAUCUUGGGUCAAAUAUACCGGGUCGUAAGCAAGAGAGCGGUCGAAGCAGGUGACAAUGGCAGUGCUUCCGCUGUACCUUCCAAGGGACAGACCAUCAAUGUGAAGGAUGAUGGCUCUGUUUUGAAGCGAUUUGGAUGCUGCUCGAACUAGAGUUAGUAUAUUCUCCUGCUGGUGCUUUUUACAAUUUUUUGUUUUUGAUCUCCUUUUUCGUCCUUUCACUUUGUAUAUGAUCACCAGCACUCUCUCUUUUAGAAUAAGAAACUAGUUUGUCAGAUAUAUUGUUUGCAAACAUUGGUUAGUAGGCCAGGUUCUAUCUGUAUACUGAUUACUAAACAUCAGGUGGGUUCUUUGUGUUCCCAAACUCAUGGUCCCCGGAUGAGAUUGUUUGCUUAUUAUAUCUCAGCCAUUCACUCCCUAUUUAAGCUCCUUGACAAUCCUCAUGAAAUUUGUUUU